GCCUCGCGCCGCGAGCUCAGCCUGGCUUACCUGCCCUCGCAAACGGUGGCACACGUCAUCCCCGCAGCCGCGGCGGAGGCGCAGCGGGCCAACGCGGCGAAGGCGCCCUGGUGGCAGUCGAUGAUGCGCUAUCGUCUCGCCAUACGCCCGCCGCUCAGCGGCGCGGCGGGCAGCGCGGCCGCGGAGCCGACGUACGUGCACGACGCCUACUCGAUGACGCAGGGGCCAAAUUACGCGCUCGCGCAGCACAUGCGCCAGUGGCGUGCGAUGCUCGCGUACACUGAGGGCUACGCCGUCUCCGCGCCGAUGGCGCCGGCCGCACGGACCGCGUCCAUGCUGCAUGUGCACACCGUCGCGACGGCGCUCGACGGGUUCGGGUAUUUCCGACCCCUCGAGGCCUUCGAGCCAGACUGUCUGCGCGCGUGCCUGGCGGCGCUACUCGCCGUGGAGCUCUCGACGCCGAUGCCGGCGCUGCCCUCGCCCUUCCACCUCUUCACUCGCCAUGGCUUCCACGGCGGCUUCUGGCGUUUCCCGUACUCCUCCGACAGCAUCGGCUCUUCGGCCUACGUCCUCGGCAUGGUGCGCCCUUGGCGGAAGGAGGCAUGAGUUGGGGGGCGGGACGGGAGCAGGGCUGCGCAUGUAGUCAAUUAGCACACCACGGCCCAGUGGGGAUUUUGGCCUCCUCAGUGAUCGUCUGGGCGAAUCCUAAAUGGCAUGCAAAAUGCCAAUACGUCUCGUUUUUUGUGCGCUAACUUGUAGAGCACCUUGAAAAACUAGUAUGUCUUG